GCUGUGCUUUGGUUUGCUGUGGCCAGCAAAUCCGGGCUCUGGGCGGCUGAAUAACAUACUUAUAACAUCGGAAUAUUACAAUACCAGAGCCAACCUAACUCACUAAUCAGUCGCUAUCAGGGUUGCCGUGAAGCCUUAACUAUCUCUCUUUCCCUCUCAGACCAAAGAAAAAAAGAGACAGCCAAGACACAGUCACCCCGUCCGACAUCAUCAACAAACAAAAACCCCACAAAGAGACGAACCAGCCAACCAGCCAGCCAGCCACCAUCUUAACAGGCUGCUGAAAGAGACACACACUGAGAGAAAAGAGGCUAAUGCUUAUUUUGAUCAACAGGUUGUUAAGGUGAUGCUGGAUUCUGACAACCGUGACUGAGGACCUAAACCGAAGACCAGACAGCAAGAAGGGCAGCCAUCAUAAUACUUCUUCCAUGGAUCUACAUCACACCUGAUCUAACUCAAAGCUGCUUUUGCUCAGCUGUUAAGCAUAAGAGGAGCAACAUCCUUGGACCAAAGCUGGCUGAUUCUACACGGAGUUAAAGAACUUCUUAAACAAAUGUUUUUGCUCUGAUGUUCACGGACGUGUGUGGAGUUACGUGGACCUGAUAAAGAAAUGGAGGGAUAUUAGUUAGGGCCCGACACCUGGUUUUCUGCUUCCCAUUAUCGUGUGGAGUACGGAGGACCAGUAGCCGAACUGUUGGCUGCUGCUGGACGGAGCUUCGCGGCGCUGGGUCGAAUCGAGCCGCUUCAACAGAACUGAUGCCAAGAGUCAGCCAUGAUGUUUUUGUAACCUGAUGAACAGCAGAGAGAUGGUGAGGAAGAAGAAUCCCCCUAUCCGGAGUGUGGGAGGUGAGGAGGAGGAAGAAGAAGAGGGGAGGAGGCCCGCAGGAGAAGAGGAGGAGGAGGGAGAGGAGGAGGGAAGAGUAGGAGCAGAGGCCGAACGCAUAAACCGACCCUCUGAGCCAGAAUCCUCCGACCGGAUCAGAGGAGAUGAGGAGCAGGAAGAGGAGGAGGGGGAGAGCGAGUGCGUAUCCUCGUCUGUCUCUCCCUCAUCCGACCGCUACAGCAAUGAGGAGAGGGGGGGGAGGAGAGGAGGCGGCAGGAGGGCCACACAAGGAGGAGCGGUGUUGAAUGACAGGCCCGAGAGCCAGUCGGAGCCUGAGGACGGGGAGAAGGGGGUAGAGGAAGGAGAGAAGAGUGAAAGAGACAGAGGGGAGUCAGAUCAUCUCACGACUCCUCUCCACUCUGCUCCCCACCUCCUCCCCAGACAGGAAGGAGGGGAGGAGUCAACAACUGACACCCCUCCGCUUUCCUCCAGCCCCUCUCCCAAACUCCAGGACUUCAAGUGCAACGUGUGCGGUUACGGUUACUAUGGCAACGACCCCGCCGACCUGGUGAAGCACUUUAGGAAGUAUCACCUGGGCCUGCACAACCGCACACGGCAGGAUGCUGCCCUCGACACACACAUCCUGGCCCUCCAUAACAUGGCUCCCCAACACACACCUCUAGAUAUACAAGCAGGACAGGGGCAGAGGAACCAAGCCAAAGAGUUGGGGAAGACAAGACCAGAUAUGCACAAUCAGCAGCACAGGACAGUUAUGAUGAAUGGCACAUAUGACGUACAGGUGAUGCUGGGUGGCACGCUAAUUGGGAUUGGGCGCAAGACCUCCGAUUGCCAGGGGAAUACAAAGUACUUUCGCUGCAAAUUCUGCAACUUCACAUACAUGGGCAGUAAUUCCUUAGAACUUGAACAACACUUCCUGUCCUCGCAUCCAAAUAAAGUCAAAACUCCGCCAAGCACGCCCCUGCUGGCCACCAAUAACCUUGCAACGCACGACAACCAGGCAAAGGAAAAGGGUCAAAUCUUAGACGGGGCGGAGCGAGUCGCUGUGAGAGCUGAAGAUGACUCCUUGGUUGGGUACUCCAUUCCAGUCAGGGCAUGUUCAGAUUCAUCAAGCUGGACAGGGGAGCCGGGUCGAGGGGCUGUGCAGGCGUAUUAUUGGUGUAAAUUCUGCAGCUGGAGUUGCGAGUGGUCAGGGGGCUCGGCGAAGCUUUUAGAUCACUAUGAACAAAGACACAGAAUGAGCACGGGAGGUACUAUGAGCCCCAACAACUCAAAUGCCGGGGGGAUGGACAUGGAACGGGAGAGAGGAGGGAGAAGAGAAGGAGGAGAAAGAGACCACACGGCAUCCAAAAGCCGCAAAGAUCUAUCAUCUAACCCAUCCAGCACCAGCCAAGGAGACCCAAACAGCAGUGAUUCGGAAGCAGUCGUGACCAGCUAUAACUGUCAGUUGUGUGAUUUCCGGUACUCAAUGGCCCACAGUGCAGAUGUGAUUGUAGUAGCACCGUUGCUACUGCACUACCAGCACAACCACUCCAUCCACCGAUGCUGCAUUCAGCACUGCAUGUAUUGUCCACAGGGGCUCUGUCAGCCGCAUAAACACCUGGGGGAGGUGUCUCACCCCUUUGCUUGUCGGAAGCCCACCUGCUCUAAAUGCUGUUCCAAGUUUCCUCAGUCCACCAAACAGCAGGACACAGUCGGCUCAAAACCCGCUACCACCACCUCACCCAGCAUGACCCCUUCUAAUCCUAGAGGUGACCCUGGUAUGAUUUCAUUAUCAACGUUUCACCCCUCUAACCCUGCCCAUCCUGUUGUCACACAAGGCGUCACCCACUUGUGUGACCAGUGUGCGUUUGCCACCACAGACAUCGAUGUGUUGCUCCAACACUAUGAAAGCUGCCACACCCUGAUUAACCUAAAGGGGGCUCCACCACAUGUCAAGGCCGAGGAAGAGAUUGGGGGAGAGAAGGAAGGGGGGAGAGGAGGAGGAGAGAGAGAGUACUCUUGUACAAAGUGUCACUUCAUCACGGAAGUGGAAGAGGAGAUUUUUAGACACUACAGACGUGUCCACGCGUGUUGCCGUUGUCGCCGCUGUGACUUCACGGCUCCUGAUUCGUCGGCCCUCCUCGACCAUUUCAACUCCGCCCACUGCCAUGAAUCCUCUCCCUCAUUAAGCUCAUUGACAACGACGUCCUUAGCCACCUCACUGACGACCACACUGAUGCCUUCAUUAACACUCUCAGCCAAUGGCUGCUCAGCUCCCUCUACCUUAGCCAUUAAAGAAGAAAGUAAGGGGGAUCUUCGCCUCCUCUACUCCCUUGCACCACCGGAGGGACGGUUGGCAGAAGGAGGCAGAGAAAUGGCAGGUGGGGUGGUAAAAAGUGAGGGAGGUGAGGAGAAAGAACGAGAGCGGGAGAAAGGCUGGGUUCUUGGGGAGACAAAAGGACUAGGAGAAAGAGGAAGUGAGCAGGCCCACGGUUUACUCUGGGUGCCCAAGGAGCGAAUGGGACCCGAAAGAGGAGUAGAACGAGGAACAGGAGGUGGGAGCCCUUCUCGUUUCUCCUCCCCCCUGUCAUUGUCGUUUGUUUCAGCCAAUCAUGAGGCCUCGCAGCAGAAAAGAGGCGUGGCUUCACCUAGCAUGGUUUACCUGGGGGACACAAAGUCGUUUUUGGGAGAUACCAAGUCGUUUUUGGGAGAUGCCAAGCUGUACGGAGGAGGAAGGCCAGGAGGAGCCACCGCAGGUGGAGGUGGAGGGGAGAAACAGAUCCAGAUGCCCGCUCAGCAGUACACAGGAGGAGGGGGUGGAGGUGGAGGAGGACAGGAGGCGAAAGGAGGAGCCGCUAAAGAGGAGUCCCAAUCACUGCUACGGCGGCGUAGAGGCAGCGGGGUCUUCUGUGCAAACUGUCUGACCACCAAGACAUCAUUGUGGAGGAAGAACGCUAAUGGAGGCUACGUCUGCAACGCGUGUGGUUUAUACCAAAAACUACAUUCGACACCCAGACCUCUAAACAUCAUAAAGCAGAACAACGGUGAACAAAUUAUCCGACGGCGAACCCGCAAACGCCUCAACCCUGACUCGCUGUCAUCUGAAACCCCCGCCCCCAAGCAACAACGCAUCACCAGCGAGGAGCGUAUGAACGGGGAGGAGUCAGACAGAAGCUGCGCAACAAUCAAAAACCAGCAGCCCUCCCCUCGCUCACGCUCACCCCGAUCUACUCAAGCUUUCCUAGCCAAUCAAACAUUGGAGAUCCACCGACGCAUGCCUCCCCUGCUCCUCCCGUCACAUCCCCCCUCCACAUUGGUAGCUGAGGGAAAUGGGGGUAUCACUGAAGGAGGGAUAACAUCAAAACUAGAGGGAGGUAAAGGAGGAGGGGGGUCAGAAAGAGGCAGUCCGAUUGAAAAGUACAUGCGUCCAACCAAACCGUCUAGUUAUUCGCCUCCUGGUUCACCCAUUGAAAAGUAUCAAUAUCCACUUUUCUCCUUACCCCUACCAUUAACGCUCUCCCCUGAUUUGACACCUGAGUCGGAUUGGCUCAGAUUCUGGACCAAGUAUAAGAUGGCAGCUGCCUCUGGGGUUCCUGGUAGCAUCAGUAAUCUAAGCAGCCCUGGUAGCAUUGGAAGUAACGCUCAUUAUCUUGGUGCAAUGGUGACUCCAGUACAUCAUCAUCAGCAAAGCUACACAGUGCCUUACUGCUCCUCUCCCUAUUCUCCUCUCCCCCCUCCUCCUGCUCCUCCUCACUAUCCUCCCCCUCCUCUUCAAUCUCAAAUCUCUUCACCAUCAUUAGAAAAUGAUGGUCCUUUGGAUCUUGCAAUAAGACAAAGAGAUACAAGUGCUGCACAUGCACACCUGUCAACAAAUGGUGCAGAGAGGAGAAGGCAAGAGUCGCCACUCGCUGAGAGGUCAAGAGAGAACUGGAAAGGAGAGAAAGAGGAGGAGGAGAGGACAGAUGAAGGAGGGACCCAGAGGGAGGAUAUGGGAAAGGAAGAAAAGGAUAAUUUGACAAAAAGUCAGUCAAGUGUCCCAUCAAAUCGCACCAUGGUGGAGGUGGCCACGCAGGAUGACCUGACCAACCGUUGCAUCCACUGUGGGAUCUACUUCCUAGACGAGGUCAUGUAUGCCCUGCACAUGAGUUGCCACGGUGACCAGGGACCAUACCAAUGCAGUUUUUGCCUCCACGUCUGUGCGGAUCGCUAUGAUUUCACCACGCACAUACAGAGGGGCUUACACAGGUACACAGACAAAACGUCGCAAAACAGGGGUCACACGCAGGACAGCAUAGUUCAGAACGUCACUGUGACAACAGAGCGCGAGUGUCAUUAUGCGACGCCAAAGGAAAAAGACGGAGGUGAUCAUAGUGAGACUACAGAUGAACGCAAUGAUGUCAUAGGAGUUUGUCCUGACAACCAAGCAAAAGGAAUUACAGGCGAUGAUUCCAGUGACAAUGAAACGGGAGUUGAAGAGGAGGUAGGAGGGGAGGAUCAUGACAUAACAAACCAGGAAUUAGGAGACACGGUGGUGUCAGAUAAUAAUAAUGAUAUCGCAAAACCCACAGAGGUCACGACUGUUGCUGAAUCUAAAAACUUAGAUGAGAACGCAGAGAGCAAUUAAUCUGAUGCCUUUGACUCAUACAAACCUUGAAGAACGCGUUUUAUUGGAUGAAUAAGCUGUAUGCCUCCAUGUUCCUGGAGGCUAGCUCAUGUCAAAAUGGGCCUAUCCUGGGCACUAAAUGGAACACAUCCUUAUGCUGGAAGCACUCGGCUGUCAAAUGGUCAAAAAUCAUUGUAGGAUCCCGAUGAACUGCUGCAGGGACAGUUUGGAGAAAUGGCCUGAAUCCUGUCUUGAGUGACGGUCAGUUGACAGCUCUGUGGCAAGUAUUCAACAACAGAGUCCGGGCAUGCAGCUGAAAUCACCUUAAAUAAACAGCCACUUUGUGUGCUUUCCAAAUAAGAGGAUUGAAAGCUCGACUGAAUGUUGGACUAGUCUCAUUUAGGAUGAGUUUGAGGAGCUCAGCACUUGCACAGUCAUCAUACAGCAGAGCAAAAAAAUAACAAAAAAAAUAUGCUAGAAGCAAAACACUUAAACUGAACUGAACUGAGCUGGUCUUUUAUGUACCACGCUAAACUGAACCCUGACCUGGUUCAAACUAGUCUGAUGCAUCAUUCAAACUGUUUUAUCUUGGUACAACCGGAUCUGAUCUGGUUAGAACUACUUUGUUCUGGUCUGGAGCAUGUUUUUGACUGUUUUACCUCUGUGCAAAUGGAUCCAAAACCAAAACUUAUUUUUGACUCUAUAAAACUGGUCCAGAGUUAAACCAGUUUGUGCUGGGCUGCAGUUCAGCUGAGGUUACCUUGGUACAAAAGGAUCAGUUGGUUUCUUUUACUUGUGCCCUGUUGUCCCUGAAACUGUCAAUGCAAAACCACCACCUCUGCAACGUGGCCCACAAUAGGAGACUGUGUUGUGUUUGAUUUGACCGUGACUUUUUUUGAACUGCUUGAAAAACCGGAGUGAUUCCGGACCGAAGUGUUCUCUUCAUCCAUUUGGAUCGAACCAAGUGACAUUCUUUUCUACCUUCCUCCGUGCCAUGAUACUAGCUAUGUGCCUGGCUGCCUGCCUAAUAGAACAACCAUCUAUUAACCUGCUUAACAUUUAUAUUAAUGAUAAUAAUGGUAAUAAUAAUUAUGAUGAUGUUAUAGUGCAAAACAUGCAAUUUGCUACACUUUCCUAUAUAAUAUGUUAUUUUGUAAAGGCAAAUAAUGCUUUUUUUGCGGAAAUGGUACUAUAAAAAUUAGUCUAUUUGAGUUUUUUUUAUUUUUGA